AUCGAUAGUAGUUUCACAUUUCUAACAUCGCUAACCUAAAAGCCAAUCAGCUGUUACGUCAAAAAAAAAAAUGAAAAAAUAUUAAAUCUAUAAGUUGUGUUAUUCGAAUAAAUUUAUAAAAAUGCGAAUAUUCUCGCUAAGUAAUCGUUUAGCGAAUAUACGUACACGUAUAAAUGAUAAGUUCACAUUGCCAGAACGUUUCAAGGGUACUGUAGUUGAAAAGUGGGCACAUUAUUGGCGUGGUCUCGCCAGUGACUAUACCGAUGUGGUAGUCGAUGUUGUGAAAGGUGCACGCGCCAAGCCGCGUAAGGCUCUUGUGUAUGCAGGCACCGGCUACGGUUUAUAUCAAUGUGCGAAACAUAAUCCAAAUGAAGAAGCAUUUAUGCGUUCAUUACGUAGUUGGAGCAAUCAAAUGUCAAUGGUGUCUAAAACAUUACACAAUCCAGUGUCGGAAGCAUAUCUUCGUGAACUAGAAGUAGCCAUCAAUGAAAACAAACUACGCACAUUUUCACUCGGUAUCUGUACCAUUUUAUGGAGCGAUUUGUAUGAUAAGGAAGACUGCACCUAUCCGGCUAUAUGCAAGUAUACACAAGUAGAUUAUACAAACUUUUGGAAGCAUAUAGUAGAUAUUGGCUUUUGGGAUUAUUAUUGGCGGCUUGAGUGGAAAAUGCACAAUUUCGAUAUUAAUUACUUAUAGAUGUAACUAGUGUUAAGCGUUAUUGACUUUUCUUAAUUUGACCAAAAUAUAAAGUGUACCAAAUGGCAGUCUUCUUGUAAUUUAACAACUUUAUUUGACAAUUGAAAAUAAAGUCAAAACAACUUUGUUACGAACAAA